CGUCAUUCGUGUAUUAUGUGUUCAUUCCAUUUCAUGCAAUACAAAAGAUCAAAACGCUCCAUGAGUUUGUGAAGGUCUUUUAUUUUGUAAUGAUUGUGUCGUUUUUGUGGCAUUGUCAUCGCUGGCUUCAUUGGCUUUGCUUAUUUUAACACAUGGCGGCAUUUGUGGCAUGUUGCGUCGGAUGUCAACAGUAUUAAAUCAGUAAAUACAACGUGUUGUAGGUGUCAGUGUUAGACUUUUGUUGGUUUCUUUUGUUUAUUAUUCGCUGUUUUGAUCAUGGCGGCAGCGUGGACAGCGCCGCAGGGGCAAGUGGGUGAUCUGAGGAGCAAGAGUAAAGAUGAGCUCCUUGAGAUACUGUCACGACAACAGAAGUUACUUUCUAAUAAGAGAUUUGUUCAGAGGCUCCCUGAUAAAGGAAGGAUGAUUGCUGACUUUGUGGAGAAAGUAAGUCUUGCUCUUGGACAUCUGGAGGAGGACGAGAGGAAACAAGCAAGUUUACUGUCUGCCCGAGCAGAGUUUCAAGCUAAAUAUCAGCAAGCCUUUUCCAAGCGAAGUACAGAUUUAGACUCAACUUUGGACACCUCAUUCCAAGACAAAAAGGAAGCUGGUGAGAACACUAAUGGUCAAAAAAUACUGUUUGACCAAAAUGGGUCUUCAGCAUCCCAACCACAGGCUGCCACUGAAACACUAGAAACAGCCUGCGAAAAUGCACCAGCGUUGCUGAUGCAGGACACGGGACUUGUGGAGGCAUUUGAACAAUUUACACUUGCUAAGAGUAACAAUGGCUCACAUCAAGACAAGACAAACCUGCCUCCUAGUAACACCAUUCUGGGUAGUCAACCAAUGAAGAAGCCACAUUAUAUAGAAGUCAUGGAGAAGACAGAGAAGAGUGUAUAUUCAAGAAAGGCAAGAUUCAAACCAAACCAAAUAACAGUAAAAUCAGGAUCUUCAUCACCUAGUCACAGCUCUGGCAGUACCACACCACUUACUGCAGAAGCCAGAAAACUGCAAGACAGAAAGCACCUGGAUGACAUCACUGCAGCUAGACUUCCACCCCUGCACCACAGUCCUGCCCAGCUGCUGUCAAUAGAGGAGUCAACUGCCCUUCUGCAAGAGCAGACCAGAAAGUAUGAGGAGUUGCAGGCCAAGCAAGCUGCCCAGAAGCUGGCAGAUGGUCUUAGUAUCAGGAUGGAGAGCUACAACCCAGAAGGAGGCCCAAUGGCAGCCUACAGAGAGGUGCAUGAUGAUGGCGCCAUUGAGGAGGACUGAUUGUGGGGCCCUACAGGGAGGGCACUGGCUUAUGAUAUGUUUGGCCCCUUGCCCCGGACCAGCUCUAGGCCCAGAGCCCAUGCUUCAGGACCCUGGAGAGAGGCUUUCAGCCUGUGGACAAGAGAAGGGCUCUUCAUGAACUGCAAUGACAAUGUCUUCAGAUAGAGAAUAGAAAGCAGCUUUUGCCUAUGAGGAACACCGGGUUGAAUCCAGUUUAUGGUGAUUGUGUUAAUGGAAAACUGCUCGACUGUUUUUGCUAGUGGAAUGUAACAAUCCAAGAGCAAUAGAUCACCUUGGCAAGCUGAUGGGGAAAAACUCUACAUCACCAUGUUUAGAUUCUUAACUGAGGAAACACCACACCUUGAUUAUUUAGAAUAAUUCAAUUCUGAACUUUGAUAAGCCAAGGUUUUUAAGCUGUGGUUCCUUGAUGAUGAUAUCAUAUUUUUGUGUGACCUUACUUUAAAUUUAUGCAAAACAAAAGCGUCUGGAAAAACCUCUACGUGUGAUCGGAUCUUUAAAUCGAAUAACAGAAACCACGCCUUCAUAAACUAAAGGUGGAAGCACUUAAUGUUGUCACUUGAGAGUAACAGAUUGUGAUAAGUCUUUCUUUUUUCAGCGGUGUUUGGUUAACCGCUUCACUAGUUUGAUUGGAACAAUGAGUCAGCCAGGGAUGUUAUCAGUGCUGAAAUCUGUGACAUGCCUCAGAUGAUUAAUAUAUGUAAUGUAAAAUAUUGAGGCUUGAAGGAAUUAGACCAAUUGGUGGAGUACAUCUGGACUGCAUUUAGAUCGUGUUACCGCAUGGUGAGGCAGUGCAAGCUGGGAUGGCAACAGACAGAAAGAUGUUACAUAUAACAUGUCCAAAAACAUCAAUACAGAUUAGAGGCGAAAACAUUCUUAUUCGCUGUUAACCAUUUAUACUCUCAGGAUAGAAUUGUUUUUUUGUAGAGUUCUUUAUACCAAGAGGAAGAAAACACAAUCUGAAGAGGUUUGAGUGGAGGGAACGAGAGGAAACUCAAAUCUGCUCUGCGCUUGAUGACCUGUGAUAACCUCUAGUAAUUGCUUUUGCUCGCUGAUGGGAACUGCUGCCUCGAACAGAAAAAACACAAACCUCACACAUCUGGUAGGUUAGUGUUUAGACAUUGUGUUUGACGAACUCCAGAUUGCCUUAACCAGACCUCCAAUGAUAAAUAUGUCAGACUUGUCCAAAAAGAAUCUCUUCUGUAGUGGUAUUAAUUAAAUAUACCUUGCUUAGAGAGGAAAAGAGACUGUUAGCAAUUACACGCUGGAUUCCUGUGUCUGGAGCUACACAUCGAGUUGUGAGUACAUAGAUAUGUCUGACUUGGAAUUAAAUCUGUUUUCUACAA